AAUACCAACAAAGACAACUGGAACAAGCAUUGAGGCUUGUCCAACUAUUGUUUUGAGAGACUAUUGAAAGUUCACGACUUCAUUUGCUUUUAUACACCUACACUGCACACAAGACCAAACAUCACGGUAUUACAUCCGUUGCAUCCAACAAGGGAGGCUUCUUGUUUAUGCCAUCUACCGUUUGCAGACAUUCCUCAACGAUUGCUGGCCACCACAAACACACGAAUCAUCAUACAUAUUAACCAUAAAUAUGCCAUUUGUAACGGAGCUCACCAAGCGAUUGGGCAUCCGUGUCCCCGUGGUCCAAGGCGGCAUGAUGCACGUUGGGACGGCCGACCUCGCCGCUGCAGUAUCCAACGCUGGUGGGCUAGGUAUCAUCACCGGCCUCAUUUUCCUAACGCCUACAGCCUUGGCUGCCGAGAUCCGUCGCUGUCAAACACUUACCAAGAAUCCAUUUGCCGUCAACCUGACGCUGCUCCCCUCGACGCUGAAUCCUGACUACCCCGCGCUGGCGCAGACGAUUAUCGAUGAGGGAGUCAAGAUUGUCGAAACUGCUGGCCAUUCACCUGGCCCUAUUAUCAAGCAGCUCAAGGAAGCAGGCGUCAUUGUCAUGCAUAAAUGCACCAGCAUCAAGCACGCCCUGUCGGCCGAGAAGCUCGGCGUAGAUUUCCUAUCCAUUGACGGCUUCGAAGCCGCCGGUCAUAUUGGCGAAUCGGACAUUACCAAUUUCAUCCUUCUUAGCAAGGCGCGCCAAACACUCCGUGUUCCCUUUAUUGCUAGUGGCGGGUUUGCUGAUGGCUGGGGGCUUGCCGCCGCGCUGAUGCUCGGAGCGUGCGGCAUCAACAUGGGCACGCGGUUCCUGUGCACUGUCGAGGCACCGGUGCAUGAGAAUAUUAAGCGCGAGAUUGUCAAGGCGCAAGAGACGGAUACGACGCUGCUCCUGAGGCGGUGGAAAAACACGUCGCGCUUGUAUAAGAACAAGGUCACGGAGGCGGCGCUAAAGAUUGAGCGCGAGAGCACCACGGGCGAAUUUGCAGAGGUGGCUCCGUACGUGAGUGGGAAGAGAGGCAAGGAGGUCUUUAUCAAUGGCGAUCCUGAGUUCGGUGUAUGGACUACUGGUGAGGUGAUUGGACUCAUUCACGAUAUUCCUACGUGUAGUGUGCUAGUAAAUCGGAUUCAGCAGGAGGCUGAACAAGCAUUUAAAAACCGGACAGGUUUGAUGGUGUCGGCGUCAAAAUUGUAGAUGAACAGGUAUUCAGCGGCGAGCAUGGUAGGGCUGGUUGCAGCUGCGCAUACUUUGACGCGGAACUGACAAGACUACAAAUUGUCCUGCCCAAGCUAUUCUGUUUAUUUAUACAUCAUCAGUGUUGGUCCUUUUUGGAAUAUUUUUCUAUGUAUAGCUACGUUGCGGAUUUAGAAACCGCGGUUUUGUAUCGUACCGUCAUCGUCGCUGCUAUCAAUAUACGCAAGCAGAGAGAUUCGUAUUUUGGGCAUCAUUCAGGCACGUCUCCAAAGAUGUUCUGGCUGUCUUAGGAUAACUGAGACACAUUUGGAGGCGCUGAAGGCCAAACUUUCGCGGACUAUUAGAAGAGGACCGAUUCCGACACUUAGCCCUGAGAAGUUUUGGCAUUUCCUGGCUACAAUUGUAUGGUACGGAAAUGAAUUGAUCUUUUUUUUAAUGUUACGCU